UUAUUUUAUUUUAGACAAUUAGUGAAGUGUUUGAUAGGUUUAUAAAAAUUGUAAAGAAAAAUGUUGAUAUUAUCAGCAUUUUUAAAACUAAAUAUGCGAAUAAUUUCACUCGUAAUGUGUCUGCUUUAAAGUGCUAUUUGUAAAAUCCAUUCGUGUUGCUGUUGGUAGCGAUGAAGCAUCACCGCAUCAAAGAUGGUUUACGUUAAUUAAAUUAAUAUUGCCAACGAAUUUCACACUCAAGUUACCACUAUUUAAAGAAAAAUUUGACGGCAAAAUGAAUCAUCUACAGUAUUCCGAUAUCACGAGCCAGGUAGGCUUACAUGAGAAUCAUUUUAAUCCUCAAGCUGAAUCGAUUAGUUCUCGGUUGCACUUUCAAACACACAAUAUCGUCGAUAAAUUGGGUCAUGCUAUUUUACCUCAAGUUAUGAACGAUACCUCGAGAUACCACUUGAAUACAACGUUGCAGAGUUUCGAUUCGAUGAUGAGACAUAACAGUAUCUACAUUAAUGCCAAAGCUGAAUCGUCUGCAGGCGAGAGUUUCAAAGAACAAGCCAGAGCUAGCCUGAGCGACAAGAAGAAUAGUUAUAUAUCGUACAAUAAUCAAUUACUCGACACUACGACGAAACUACUGCACAAGAAUCUAUCCAAACAAGAGAACGAGUAUUUGAAAUUCUCUACUAGUAUUUAUUCGUCGAUUGCGGAUAAAUCUGUGACAUCCAGUAAUACCUCUGCCAGUUUGUAUAAAUCCAAGUUCAUGGUCGAUGUUGGAACUAUGACUGAUCCUUUGACUCCUGAAGAACAAGAGAGGUUGUGCCAAUGGGAAGGUUUUGCUGCUCUGCAGUCUGGAAAUAAAGUUGCUGAGUAUUUGACCAGUUUGAGGGAGUUUCUUAAAAUUGCACCCCCCAGUGAAGGUAGAAAAAGACAAGGCCUAGGAGACGUACGAAUCGUGACAGCUCCCGAUGGCUCAAGAUUCUUUUGCUGUUCCGAAUGCCAUAUGGCCUACCCUGAUAAAUUCGCCCUAGAACAACAUCUCGCCAAUCACAAAGUCGAGAGACGAUUCAUUUGUAUAAUUUGCGGCGCAGGAUUAAAACGUAAAGAACAUCUGGACAGACACCAACUGAGUCACAGUGACGAACGUCCUUACACGUGUGACACGUGUCCGAAAACUUUCAAAAGAAACGAGCAUCUUGCCAGACACUACAUCGUGCAUUCUGGCGAGAAAGGUCAAGUGUGUUCGGAAUGUGGCAAAGCUUUUUAUCGUAGAGAUCAUCUGCAGAAACACGCUCAGGGUCAUAUUGCCAAAAGAUUACGAUUAGCUGUUCAAUCCACUACCUCGAGCUCGAAAGCUAUUUUAUAACGGCUUCAAACAGGGAUGUUAAUCGUAACGAGAAAAAAUAUUGGUUAUGGUUUUGUGAUUGGGGAUUGGGGUUCUCGACUCGAAAAUAUCGGUUACUUUUUGACGGUUACAGUUCAUUCAAAAAAAUUAAUUAUGGUUAUAGUUAUGAUCGAAAAAUAGUGGGUACGAUUAAAAAUAAAGGUUAUGGGGUUUUCCUCAAUUCCUCUAUUGAGCCAAUGCAAAAAUCAUGAUAAACUCCGAAGUAAUGAAAUAUGGGACUGUUGAAAAAUUCUAAAUUAAUAAUUCUGGAUUACCGUUAUGGUUGACAUCCCUGGCUUCAAUCAACGGCCAUUUUUCAUUAUGUUUUUAUUUUACACAUACUUAGAGUACUUUUUUCUUGUAGUUACCUCUUUCUUUAUGUAUUUGAAAAGUUUUUAUCAAAUUUCAAUGUUUAUCUAAUCAGUAGUUUAUAGAUAUUGUUAUAUGUACAGCUGCGUUUUGUUUUUCAGCUUUAAACAUGACAGUUAUUUAAAAA